GGUGGCGCAGUUGGCGUGGCGCAUGCGCAGAGGCUGCGCGGGGCGAGCGGCGGCGGGGGGUGCUGCUGAGCCCCGGACAGCUGGAGGGGGUAAACAGGGGAGGGGGCGGGGGGGCACGGCCGGGGCCUAGGCCGGGCCGCGCCUGAGGGCCCUGCCCGCGGCCCGGGGACGGUGCUUGCCGCCUGCGAAGGCCUUUUGGUUCUUCAGCGCCCCCCCCCUCUCCUCGGUACCGUUCUUCUUGGUCCGCUCUCCCUCCCCACCUCGCAUGGAUGGAGCCUCGCAACUUCCAGCGCCCGCUGCGUCCGCACCCGGGAGGCCUGACAGGUAAUUAAAUGCCCUUGGUGUGGAUCUUUGCUCUGUUGGCAUGCUUGGAUGCACAGCAGCUCUUCCAAUAGCUUCUUUUCGUCUGCCCCAUUGCAAGAAGAUGGCAAAAGCAAACAUUACCAGAGACAUCAUCCACAGACAGAUCAAGGAGAGGGGUGCGCUGGGCUUCGAACGACACUAUCACGUCACCGAUCCAUUCAUUCGACGCCUGGGCCUAGAAGCAGAAUUGCAGGGUCACUCUGGGUGUGUCAACUGUCUCGAAUGGAAUGAAAAAGGAGACUUGUUGGCCUCUGGCUCUGAUGACCAGCAUACCAUUGUCUGGGAUCCUCUGCACCACAAGAAACUCCUUUCGAUGCACACAGGACAUACUGCAAACAUCUUCUCUGUCAAGUUCUUGCCGCAUUCAGGGGAUCGGAUCCUCAUCACGGGAGCUGCAGAUUCCAAGGUGCAUGUCCAUGACUUGACUGUCAAGGAGACCAUCCACAUGUUUGGAGAUCACACCAACAGAGUUAAGCGGAUUGCCACAGCUCCCAUGUGGCCUAACACCUUCUGGAGUGCAGCAGAAGACGGGCUAAUCAGACAGUACGAUCUGCGAGAGAACAGCAAACGUUCCGAAGUCCUCAUAGACCUGACAGAGUACUGCGGGCAGCUGGUGGAGGCCAAAUGCCUGACGGUCAACCCCCAAGAUAACAACUACUUAGCAGUAGGGGCAAGCGGACCCUUUGUGCGGCUCUACGACAUACGCAUGAUCCACAACCACAGAAAAAGCAUGAAGCAGAGUCCUUCAGCUGGAGUACACACGUUCUGCGACCGGCAGAAACCCCUCCCGGACGGUGCGGCACAGUACUACGUGGCAGGGCACCUCCCGGUGAAGCUUCCAGACUACAACAAUCGGCUGAGAGUUCUGGUGGCCACGUACGUCACCUUCAGUCCUGAUGGCACUGAGCUCUUAGUCAACAUGGGAGGGGAGCAGGUCUAUUUGUUUGAUCUAACAUACAAACAGCGACCAUACACUUUUCUUCUCCCAAAGAAGUGCCAUACUUCAGGGGAAGUGCAGAAUGGAAAAACCUCUACCAAUGGAGUGUCGAAUGGCAUCCAUCUCCACAGCAAUGGCUUCCGCUUGUCUGAAGGAAGAGCACAUGUGAGUCCCCAAGUGGAGUUACCUCCAUAUCUGGAGAGAAUCAAGCAGCAAGCCAACGAGGCCUUUGCUUGCCAGCUGUGGACUCAAGCCAUCCAGCUAUACAGCAAAGCAGUCCAGAAAGCCCCCAACAAUGCCAUGCUGUAUGGAAACAGAGCUGCUGCCUACAUGAAGCGCAAGUGGGAUGGGGACCAUUAUGAUGCUUUAAGAGACUGCUUGAAGGCCAUAUCCUUGAAUCCAUGCCACCUGAAGGCCCAUUUCCGUCUUGCCCGCUGUCUCUUUGAACUCAAGUACGUGGCAGAAGCACUGGAGUGUCUGGAUGACUUUAAAGGGAAGUUCCCAGAACAAGCACAUAGCAGUGCCUGCGAUGCACUAGACAGGGACAUCAAUGCCGCCCUCUUCUCCAAGAGCGAUAACGCUGAAGACAAGAAAGGAGGUGGCCCCAUCCGACUGCGAGCCACAGGCCGCAAGGAUUCCAUCUCAGAGGAUGAGAUGGUGCUGAGGGAGCGCAGCUACGACUACAAAUUCCGAUAUUGUGGCCACUGUAACACUACCACAGACAUCAAAGAGGCCAAUUUCUUUGGCAGCAAUGCACAGUACAUAGUCAGUGGGUCUGAUGACGGCUCCUUCUUCAUCUGGGAGAAAGAAACCACCAACCUUGUUAGAGUGCUGCAGGGAGAUGAGUCGAUCGUGAAUUGUCUCCAGCCUCAUCCCAGUUACUGCUUCCUGGCCACCAGCGGCAUUGACCCAGUUGUACGACUGUGGAACCCUAGGCCAGAGAGUGAAACCCUCAAUGGCCGCGUGGUAGUAGACAUGGAAGGUGCUUCCCAAGCCAACCAGAGACGAAUGAAUGCAGACCCGCUGGAGGUGAUGUUGCUGAACAUGGGGUACCGGAUUACAGGACUGACCAGUGGUGGGGCUGGAGGCUCAGAUGAUGAAGACAGCUCAGAGGGAUGGCUCUUCCCCAUUAUUGGCCACAUGGGAAUCUGCACGUCGACUGGAGUCAUUCGGGACUUCGCGGGGCCGUACUUUGUCUCAGAAGACAACAUGGCAUUUGGGAAGCCAGUGAAGUACUGGAAAUUGGAUCCCAGCAAAGUAUACUCCACCAGUCCCAACGCGUGGGACACGGCCGUACACGAUGCCUCGGAGGAGUACAAGCACCGCAUGCACAACCUUUGCUGUGAUAACUGCCAUUCUCAUGUGGCUCUGGCCUUAAACCUGAUGAGAUACGAUAACAGCACCUCCUGGAACAUGGUGAAACUCUGCUUCUUCUCACUCCUGUAUGGGAAAUAUGUAAGCAUAGGGGGAUUUGUGAAGACCUGGCUUCCCUUUAUCCUCUUCUUGGGGGUGAUCGUGACCAUUGUUCUGACGCUUCAUUUGCGGUGAUGGCAGCUGUGAACUCCCCAUUCCAUGGGCACACGAAGGAAGAAACUGUGACUGAUCCAUCGAGACGGAGGCGUGGGACUCUGGGAGGCGUUUUCUGGGGAAGGUGGCAACUCCGCUCCAUUGUAACAGCUCAUCUUUGUUUCCUGGAACUGGCUUCUUUUCCUUCUGUUUUUGUUCUGUCGAUGGUGUCUCCCAGUGUCAGGGCUCCGGAAGCCUCCUGCUCUCUCCCUGAAUGUGCUCCCUUUCUGCAAUUGGGUAGGUAGAAACGCAAUCAGGAAAGGAGAGGUGUGGGCACCUUCGCUUUCGUUGCGAAGUAAAGCCGCAAGGCAAACCCUGCCCGCUGGUUCAGGAGCACAAGCAGAUACACCUUGUAAGGUUCUCUCUGAUCACCCGGUUUCUUCCUCUUGGCAGACUUCAUCAGGUGCUUCCUCAGAUUUCCUGAGCCUGCAGGAAGGAGUUGUUGUUUCCCUGUUGCACGACUCUCCUGUAGCACGGGUUUCAAAGCGGAGGUGCGGGGUUCCUCCUGGGGAUGCGGAGUGCCGCAGCACUCACUGAUGGUUCCCCCCCAGUAGUGACAGAAAGGUGUUGACGGCAGGACACUCCUCUGAGGAGACACGCAGAGGAACGCUCUGUAGCAGGGCAAAUUCAUCUGGUCCUGCUGGUGAGCCCAGAAAGGCAGGAAAGUUGAUCGACUGGCUUGGGUACGGCUCUUCAAUAGCCUCUUGCAGAGUUGGGAGUCUGCUGCUCAGUCCCUUUUAGCUUGUGCCAGAAAAAAUACAGCUUCCCUGCUCCUGCCUGUGCUCUGAAUAUCUAAAAUUGUCGUCGCACAUCUCACAAGCCACUUACUUUCCUUUGAUCCCCAGUACGUUGUGUGUCGUGGCAUAUCUGAGCCUGCGGAGGUGGCAGCAGCGGCAGGUGCAGGUUUCUGGGGCAGAAAGCUUAGCGUAGAGUUGUGAAAACAUCCGUGAGAGCAGCACCUGAGACCUGAGCUUAGUGGGGCCAUCAGAGAUUAAAAGAAAAAGUGAUGGGGCUGGAGAGCAUCCAUAUUCUGGUUGGGCUUUGCAGCAGCAAACUGGGGCACCGGUUUUCUUGCGGCUGGUUCCAGGAUGGUGGAGGAGAAGGUCUGUUUACUUCUUUGGCGUGCUUUGAAGAGCACACCUGGGGUAAAAGUGCUUUGCAGGACUGGCUUUGAUGUGAGAAAUGCCGGUCUGGCAGCGUCGGCGGGCUGGUGGGCCCUUUUGAGCCCCGGAUCGGGCAGGAGGGGUAGCAGGGGGGGUAGGUUGUUCUUGAGCGCUAGGCAGGAAGUGAAUUUGGAUGUGACCCAGAGCCUCUUCCAGGACGAGAAGUCCCGGUCUGUGUCUGCUGAGGCUCUGGCCUGCAGAUGCUGCUUUCUGUGGGGCUCUGAGCCAGGUGGCUUUUUAAAAAAAAAAAACUUGUGGCCGAAGGGUUAUGUGCAGUUGAGCAGAUCCCCCCUGACUGCAGGGGAAGGAGAAUAGCUUUUCCACUCACGCUUUGAAAGGCCAGCUCUUCACUUCCGUAUGGAUUUCCACCUCAAGGAGUGCUCGUGGCUAGCAAGAAAGCUCUUCUCCGCUACCUGCCAUCCCUGCGGCUUCCUCUGGCUGGGAAGCCCCUUCAGCGUCACCACUGGCUCUCAGAUGUGUCCCUGUGCGCCUUCCCGUCCGCUUCCGUCUCUCCAACUCCUCUAGCCAUAUGGGAGGCUUGGGGGCUCCUCUUGGGCCUCUUGAUUUCUGCAUUUCCUCUUUUUCCUCAGUCACUUUUAAAUAGCCCCUUAAAGCUCUCCCUUCUCCCUAGCAUCCCAUUGUCUCUCUGUCCCCUGGUGCUGGCCUUUCUGGGGUGGGUGGAGGUGUGCAGACCUCGGCGCCCUUCCCCGUCUGCCUGGAACUGAAAUAGUCGUUGGUGUCUGCUCUGUACAGUCGUUUCAAGCCUGCGUGGAGAGCGGGCUGGAGGGUGCCGGGCCUGGGGCUGGUUAGAAAGCCAAGAUCUUGAUCAAAGAGAACCUUACGAUGAAAGGACGGUGUCUUACCGAGCUACCCUGUGUUGCUGUGCUCUCCACCCGCCGCGCCUGCCGGCUAACGCGCCCCAGGAGCAGCCAGUUGAACAGGAGAGAUUAGUCCUUUGCCUCUGUUUUUAAUUUGAGUGUGAUUUCGCAGAGUGACUAGCCAAGGAUGCGCUCAGAGUCCCUGGCCCCAGGGCCGAAGCCAACCUGUCUUACGCAGUAGCAAUAAUCUAGAGACUCUUAGGCCUGUCUCACACGUUGAUUCAGUGUGUUAUCGAUAAGCUAUACAAGCGUUGCCAAAGCUGAGACUUUGAGUUGUCAGGGGAGGCCGGGAGCGGAGCUGCUGGCCACAGUUCCCGCUCCUGGGACUCCUGAAAACGUGUCGAGUGCCAUUCCCCACCGUGAAAAUCCUUGUUGUUUGCUCCUGAUGCUUUUUACCCGAUCUGGGUUUGAAAUGGAGACCUGUGGCGAGCAGCAAAUGGGCCUUGUGCUCGGUUGGCGUGCUGGCCGCCGGGGAAGGGCGGCAGCGCUUCGCCCAAGUCCUGGUUGAACGGCCCACCUGCUUCCACCGGCAGCGAUGGAGGAUGGCUCCGGGCGUCUGAAGGAAACGCAGCUAAUGGGAGAGCCAGGCCCAAAGCUGAGGUACUGCGGAGCCAGCCCGUGCAUCUGUGCCGGACACGCAAAGCCGUGCUCGCGCAGUGAAGGAUGGUGCCCGCGGAGGUCGGAUGCUGGGAGAGGCGGGUGGGCUGCUUGGAUUUAUGGUCUUCCUACGCUGCGGUAGUGUCAGCCCAGCGCUGCGGGAGUGCGGAGGGACCCCGGUGCGGCUUGCCAGCGGCGCUGCAGCCACCAGCGGCGGUCGUGUGGGGAGUGGGCUGCUUCCUCUUGGCGUGGGAGGUGGCAGAAAGGGAGGAGGGGGGGGAUUAAGGAAUGUCCUCUCCUUGCAGCUUCCUUCAUCUCACCGCCGGCUUCUUCGCAGUGCCCCUUUCGACUAGCCACAUUAAAGGCUGACUGUGUCCUUCACCUUCCAGAUGCCCGUGUUAUGCUCCGCUCCUUUCCCCUUUGCACGUGCUUGUGCUGCAGAGCUCCGUGGCUUUGCCGUUGCUCUCCGGCGAGGGCGAGCCCUCCGUACCCUCAUCCUUUGUUCUCUUGAUCUCUGUGGGGCGCUGGAUUACUCUGUAAAUAUUUAAACUCUGCUUCUGUGGUUUCAGAAUCCUGACGGUAGGGGAAAUAAACUUAUUUCUCUGGA